UGCCCACGAUGUGUUUGUGCGAGUGCGUGUGUGUGUGUGCAUUUCGCGUGCGUAGAAUAGGCUGGUAGUCGUCUGUUUGUACGCACACCUGCGUGCGACGGUGCAGGAAAAAGAGGCCAACAGUAGGAAUAAAAAGUAGACAGUGGUGCAGGCAGGCGGCAGCGGCUGCUACGAAAAAGGAUACACAACAAUGCGUCUGUGAAAGCAGUGCUUACCAACACACACCGGUGGUAAACUGGAUGGGACACACUCACACAGCCACACGCGCAUGCAGCUCGUACUGUGUUGUUUCCCCCAGGAUGGGUUCUAGGGCUGUCUGCGCCACCACACUUUCCGGCUGCUUUGCCGAGUGGUGCGUUUGGAACUUUUAUUUUUGCGGCAAAUUUGCCGUCCAUUUUCACGGCAAAGGAUCAUAUGCGAACGCCGAUGAGCCGAUGAGACUGAGCGUUCCUGAGUGAAAUGAAGUGUAACUAAGGUGAAGUGAAGUGAACCAGCAACAGCGCAACACAAAGCGACAUUGCGAACCACGUAGUCCGGAAACGAGCGCAACGAAGAGUAUCCUUUCGGGCUCGAUAGGAUACAAAUGGCAGCAGCAGCAGCAGCAGCAGCAGCCUGACUGAAUGCCCUUUUACAGCGUCCGGCUGUGUUCGGUUCGCGCUCCGCUAGCUUUUUCCGGCCCGGAGAGACGGAUUAGCGCUUCCGGGAAAUGUGAUCGCACCGGGUGUUCCCGCUUCUUUGCCUUCGGUCCAGUGUUUUUGGUAGCAACGUGUGUAAAUUCGAGCUGCUUGUGAACGGUGAAGCCUCAUCCUCCUGUAACGGGUCCACACAAGUGUGUGUGAGUGUGUGGUUCACCACCCGCGCACAACGAGGGGAUGGUCAUUGCAGUCGUUGGAAGUGGAAAAGCAGCAGCGCGGUAUUGAUUUUCCCCCCAUUUUCUAACGUGCAGUAGUAGCGUUAGAUAAAACACGAGUCGUAUUCCCCAUCACCCAGUGUGGUGUGUGUGUGUGUGCGUGUGAUAGCGUGAACGAGCGAGUGUUGAUAAAGCGGGAGGCCUUACGAGGCACGCCCCAUCUAAAAUAUCUAGCAAGAAGGAUAACAAAAAGUGUUUCGGUGGGAAGUGAAAAGAAGGAGUGUGUCCUAGUGGGCAGUGCUACACCAUUCGUUUAUUAUUUCAUUACAUUUUGUUGCUCCGUUUUGUGUCAGUGCGUGUGUGAGAGAGGAAGAAAAGAAGUUAUAAAAGAAGCACAUACGGUCGUUUUUCCACGCGCGCGUUGUCCAGUGGGGGGUGGGAAAAUCUAUCGAAUACAUAUUGUUUCCGAUCACGUUUCUCUAUCAGAGUGUGUGAGCACGGAAAGAGCAACAAUAUCGGUAACAAAGCGAUAAAUCUAGUGGAAACACCCAUUGGCACACCUCUAGCAAAGGUGGAUUAGAAAGAAUCAUUUCGGUUCGGUGUUCGGCGAGGAACGACGAUGGACAUCGGAAUGGAUCGAAGCGGUACGGAUGCCGGCAUGGCCACCAUCGGUUCGCUGUUUCAGCACAUCGUCAACGAGAUGAAGAACUCGAGCCCCCUGUGGGAAGACUUCAUUGCCAAAGCAACAAAGCUGCAUGCAUGUCUAAGGGCUGCAAUCCAAGCGUUGGCGGCCUACUUGGAUGCAUUCCAAAAAAUCGCUGAUGCCGCGACCAACUCUAGAGGAGCCACCAAAGAAAUUGGAACGGCACUAACGCGCGUCUGCCUGCGACACAAGGCGGUUGAGAGCCGCAUGAAAACGUUCACCACCGCGAUCAUGGACUGUCUGGUGGUGCCGCUGCAGGAAAAGCUGGAAGACUGGAAGAAGCAGGUGACGGUGAUCGAUAAAGACCAUGCCAAAGAAUACAAGCGGUGCCGGGCGGAGCUGAAGAAGCGCUCGAGCGACACGCUGCGGCUGCAGAAGAAGGCCAAGAAGGGUGCCGCCGACAAUCUGCACGUGCUGGUCGAAUCCUCCAUGCAGGACGUGACGAUGCGCCGCUGCGAGCUGGAGGAAGUCGAGCGAAAGUCGCUGCGGGCGAUCAUGGUCGAGGAGCGAACGCGGUACUGCACCUUCGUCAACAUGUUGCAGCCGGUGGUGCACGAGGAGUGCGAGGUGAUGUCCGAGCUCGGUCACUUACAGGAAGCCAUGCAGCUGAUAGCGAUCGUCACGAAGGAUCCCGCCCAACUGCCGCAAGCAUCGGAGGAGCUGAUCCUCGAGUCGAAGGCAAACAUUAGCCUCUAUCCCGACUCGCCCGGUGGCUCCAACUCGCAGGGCGGCUGCUCGAACUCGCUCGGCUCGCGCAAGAGCUCCGUCUGCUCGAUCAGCUCGAUCAACAGUAGCAGCAGUGGAUCGCCGGGCCAUCACCAGUUCCAGCGAUCGUUAUCACAGUACUCCCCGGCGAUACGUUUGAAACCAGGCGAAUCGAGCGAUAGCGGCUUUUGUUCUUCACCAGCUUUAACUUCACAGGCCUCUACCUUAGCUAGUCAAUCACAUGCGGUAUCAACGUGGCCACCGCACACACAGGAUGCAACGUCAACCGUCGACCGUCCGCACACGAUUUCGUCCGCCUACGAGAAGGGCCACCAGCGACCCGCCCUCACGGUGUACACCUUCCAGAGCCCGGAAACGAUCGCCGAAACGCAAAAGUCGCCGGCAAACGUUGCCUGCCGACCGCCGCUACCAGUGCGCUGCUCCUCGCUCGAGAGGCCACUCUCAACGACUUCCGUGAAGAAUGCCAAUCCCAACGUGCCGCGUCAGUGUCCGUCUCCGAUUCCAGCGCACAUUACCAAAGAACACCCACAACUUCAGCCCACCUACGUCAAUAUGACGGAACUGGCUUCGAUGGCUGCUUCUAAAACCACUAACAACAGCAACAAUGUUAACAACAACAACAACAACAAUCAUCACACAUCAACAAGCGGCAACAAUGGAGGUGCCAGUACGAACAACGUUCAGCAAGCGGCCUCACUGCAGUCCCAUUCCCAAAUCCCAUACCAGCAACAACAGCAACAGCAACUGCACUCGCCCGUCCUCUCGUCCGCCUCCUCGCUAAUCUCGCCCGAUUCGAACGCGACGAACGCAAUCAGCUCGCCGGACGUGUCCGCUUGCAGUACCCAGACGCCCCAGAACACGCCGCAGACUGGGUCGCCCGGUACGCCCAACUACAGCAGCAUCGGCUGCGCCGGCGGCGGCACAAUCAAUCUCGGCUUCCGCAGCACGACACCGUCGUCGGCGGGUGGUGGCACCGCGGCCGUCACACCAAGCGAAAGUAAUAUUGACACUUCCUCCAACCACACGAUCACGAUCGAUGACAACGAGGAGCAUUUUAACAACACCAUCAGCACCACCUCCGCGUCCGCAAACAUAACAUCUACCACCACCAUCAGCACUUCCGAUACUAGCAACAAUUCCUCCUCCAACAACACCACCACCAACACCACUACCACCGCAACUAGCUCUACUAACAAACCAUCUCCUCCUCACUGCUCCACCGUCGGCGGGACCGCCGACGCGCCGCCCAAAAGUGUGCUCGAUAAGGACAAAGAUAUACUCAAACGUACCGGUUCAGUUCUAGAGAAAACGUCGCUGUUCGAGCAGCAGAUCAACAACAACCAGCUGCACCAGCCGACGGUACCGCCGCCGCAGCAGCAGCAGCUCAGUGUGCCGACGUCGCCCGCCACCCUUUCGUCGCGCCACAACGACCCGAACGCGCUGUACGGACGACGGACGAACGAAGAAAUCUACAAAUCCGCCGGUCAGCUGCUGCUGGAUCGCGAUGCAGACUGCAUCGACAAGCAAACGAUCGAAGAACUAAACAAUCUGAUUGGUGAAUUAGAUCUCUUUCAAAGAGAGCACGAAAAUGCUCUGCUACUUCAGCAGCAGCAGCAGCAACAGCAGCAGCACCAUCCACACCAUCCACCACAACAGCACGCACGCCAUCGGUACUCGAACGGCGGAUCGGGCUCGGGCGAUCCUGCAUCCGAGUCCGACACGAUCCUUGCGAACGGUGUGAAUAACAAUCACGGCGGUGGUAUGCUAGCGUCCGGCCACCGCAAUGGUAGCCUGCACGAUGCCGAGGACGGUCUACAGCUGCUGGAACAGCCAACCACUGCCUUGGGUGGCGGUGGUCGGUUACCAUCGUCGAUUUCCUCCAGCAACAGCAAUCUGGACGAGUACCUGAGUAACCACCAGGCGGCCGACGAGACGAACGGUUCGAUGACGAACCUGGCGGCCAAGUACAGCAACCACAAUGCGCAGUCCGCCGACACGACCGAUUAUGCGAGCACGGGCGGCCACUACCACCGCUCAUCAGCGUACGGGCAGCAGCAGCAUCAACACCAAAACCACUCGAUCGGGCUCGGGCUCGGCUCGUCCGCCGGUGGCUCCACGCAGGGGCUCGAUGGCAUCGCGACCGGGUUCGAGAACCCCUCGUUCAUGAUGGAAAACUACUACAGCCAGAACCGUAGCGAGGUGGUCGUGUUGCGCUGCAAGGACACCAGCCGUAACAGUCUCAACAAUGCGCCGGACGAUCUGCUGACCGGGAGCGGACUGAUGCAGCUGAACGGUACGCCGGUCGACAAUUCGCACCAGCAACAGCAGCAACGGUUAAGCUCGUUCCGCGUGACCACCUCGCGGCCAGCAUCGCCCGCCUCGAUGUCAUCGUUCUUUGGCAUUAGUUCCCGGUCGCCAACGCCGUCCCUGUCGCUGCCCGUGACGGCAAACUCGUCACCACAGCAUCAUCAUCAUCAUCAUGGCCACAACAACUACCACCAUCAGACGGCGGCAGCGACGGCCGAAGCGAAUGACCCGACGGUGGCGCCCAAUUCGUCCAAUCACGCACCAUCGAGCGCUGGCCCGGCACCACCGUACGACGAUCGUAUCAAUCGCAAUAAACCCGCCAUCACCCCGAGACCUGCAUCGUUAUCUGGACCGACCCGUGUCACCCGACGUGCGUCCGUCAAUACGGUGAAGCCGCCACCGCCGGUUCGGCGCAGCUCAAGCGUAACGCCUAGUCCUAGCGUAGGAACUAAUUCCAUCAACACCACCACAACCACAAAUCUUGCCCAGCAAAGCCUAGCUUACACCUCAUCAGAAAGUUUACCACCACCACCCGCUUAUCUGUUAGAUUCGGCCGCCGGAAGUUCACCUAGUAUUUCAGGAAAUGUGGCGGGCACGGUGAAGGCACUGAAUGAAAUCAGGCACACCCCGGCCAGUCCGGGCGUGUUGCGAAGGGCUCAGCAGCAGAGUAACCCCCCAUCCAAUCAAGGAUCUCCUACGCAAUACACCAACCAGUACGGUACACUGCCCGCCAACAGGCAGCAUGGUCAUGAUCAUAUUGCAAGCACGACAUCAUCAUUACCCCCGACUGCUCCUACAGCUGCUGCAGUGACUGCGCCCCAAUCACACUAUCCCUCAUCUCAACACCAUCAUCACCACCACCCCAGUACACCAAACUCAUUCCAUGCCACUGAUAGUAACAAGCCGCUAUCGAACCGAUCUCCGAAAACGAAUCUCCACCAACAGGGAGGAAUAUACGCACAACCGAAACAGCUAUCGACCAUGUCCAGCUUCCGCACCUCAAGUCCUGGUCCCCAGAAGCCAAACAGUAGCUUCCUCGCACAGCUAAACGCCAAGAUAGCACCGAACAAAACGCCACAAUCGCAGUCACCUGUGCCCUACCAACAGUCACAGCAGCAGCAGCAGCAGCAGGCAAACAACUACGGUUACACGACGGCUCAGUCCGGCAACGAGCUGAUCUACCAACGGUCCACUCCGGUCGAUCCGCGAGCGUACAACAAUAAUCAGCAACACCUUCAACAGCAGCAGCAGCAGCAGCAACAACAGUACUACCAACAGCAUCAACAGCAGCAGCAGCCCCCGCCACAUCCACCACGCGAGGGUAAACAUUCAAUCUAUUCCACCUCUAAUCAAGCCACUACACAGCAGCACUACCAGCAGCAACAGCAGCAGCAUCACCAGCAACAGCAAUACUAUCAAACGCAGUAUCAAUCGCAGCAGCAACAACCACAUCAGCCGCUGCAGUACCAGCAGCAACCGCAAUCCUCGCCAUACUAUUACCAGCAACAGCAACAGCAGCAAUCGCAACAGGCGCCUCACAAGCAACACCAACAGCAGCCACAGUACGGUCAUGUUCUACCAACCGCCGGGGCUGCUAGCAGUAGUGGCAAUAGUAGUAGUAGUGCCGGUGGCUAUCCAACGCAAAACAUUUACGUCUCGACGAACCCGUUCGUCAGUUCCGUCCAAACGUCGUCCGGUAGUGGUGGUGGCAUGCCUGUCGGUAGCUACUCACCUUCGUCCUUUGGCAAAGGCACACGUCAUCACCAUGACGACGGGGCCAGUGGGGGCGGCGCUAGUGGCAGUAGUACCCCGAAUCGGACAAAUCAUCACAGCCGCAACAGUUCGGCAAACAAUAACGGUGCCGCUGGCGGUAGUGGCUCAGCAACCGGUCCAACGCACAAUGUGCUCGCCAAAACUAGUGCCGGUUUUCUGGAAAAUCUAAAUGCCCGACUUGCAGAACAGCGACUAUCGGGCAAAGCAUUUGCCGUGCGGAAUCUGAUCAACAGUAAAGCCCUGCCGGACCCACGGAUAUGCCACGAGUCGCUUAUGGAUCAGAUAAAGCGUGGCGCUACGCUGAAACGCAACCGUACGAUCAACGAUCGUAGUGCACCAAAAAUCCAUUAGAUUUCUAACGCACCCCCCCGAACUGCACUACCGCGCUUAAGCCAACACCAGUAAAACACACCCACCUAAGAGGAACAUAGAAUAUGUAUACAACAAGUGUGCGAGCGCGCGCACCUCACGUGAGAGAGAGGGUAGAAAGCGUGUGCGCACGGUUUGAGUUUUUUUUCUUCUUGUUUUUGUGUUGGCGAUGCAGUUUUCCCAAAAUGGAAGCAGUCAAUCCCGCUGGAUCCGAUCAGAUACGAAAUGUAAAGUUAACGGUCACUCACAUUAUCUGUAAGCUAAGCUACUGAGCUGAAUGUAACCCAAUAGGCUGAAGAAAAGAUGCAUAUCGCGUGUGUGUUUGCGGGGCGAGAAGAUUGAUCCGUCGCACAUAGUUUCGUGCGGAAAACGCAGGUACCUUGAAGCUGGUUAAGGUAUUUAUCAUUUUCGAGUUUCGUAGUUGUUUAUUUUUUCUUCUCUCUCUUUGUUUAAUUUUCUUUUGAUUAAUGAAUUUUGUUUAGUACACAUGUUUAUCCCAUUGGGCAAAAAAACAAAUGAUGAAACAAAAAAUUAAAAUGAUCAAUUCAAUAGAAACGAUUCCACAGCGGAUAAAUGGCAUGUAAAACUGUGCUAAAAUUGUGCUGAAACGAUUGAUAGCUGCAUUAUUCCUAUUUGGAUCACGAGUGAACUGAAAAUAUUUGAAUUUCCUAUUUCUUUUGCCGAUUUCUGCAUUACAUGAUUACACCUUUCAAUGAAGCCUUGUAUGCCCCAGUGUGUAGUUCUAAGAGCUGUUUUUUAUUUUUUGUUUUGGAAUUGUGUGAUUAAAAUCGCAAGCGUAAUGCAACAACCAGUGCAACAAAUAAUACAAGCAGACAGAAUUAGAGAGCUGUGAAGUAAAGUGAAGAGAGAUACAAAAGUGAAGUAAAAGAAGAAAGGGAGAAGGGAGCAACCUCUAUCGCACAUCAUACCCAAUAUAUCAAUUAUCAGCAUAAUUCUCGACGUAAGAAAUUUUCCUGUUGUAUUCAAUCAAUCAGUGCACGCUGUUGACAUGCAAAAUCAAACAUUGAAAGCAAAAGUUAAACAAAAAGACUCACCCUUGUAUCACUUUCGUAUUAUACCCAGUACUAACUACUACUGUCUAACCCGUGUUGAAUUCGCCAAUCUCCACACUCGCCUUAUAACCGACAUACCAACAUACCGAAAUAAUGAUAUACAUGGUACGUAACCGAAUAAUAAAGUAAAAGAAAGUUCAUUUAGUAGUAAACCCACAACAAGAAAUCAAACUGUGCUCGUGCCCCAAAACGGCGAUGACAUACACACAUAACAAAAGGACAAAAGCAUUUUAGGGAAGAAGGCAACCAAUUCGUCCAAAUACAGCCAAUUAUCAGACGGUGGGAGUGUGUGGUGGUAGUAAGAUUAUAGAAUGCUCCAAUUUGCAUCUUUUAUAGAGGACUUCUUGUAAGACUUGUGUCUAAAAGUCGGCUGUCUGCAUCGAAUCGUAAAGCACGCUGCAAAAGUGAAAUGUUCUCUGUGUCUCAUCGCACACUAUCAAAUGGCUACAGUUUUUAGUACAGUUUUUAAUCCACUUCAUCUCGUUCACACUCACUCACGAUUCAUCUGUGUACCAACCACUACCUUGAAGGAAAUAGUAACAUGAAAUGCUCAAACUAAAACAUGCAUACAACAAAACCUAACUAGCGGAUGAUCCAGACGAACAUAUUAUCCCUUAGGACGAAACAUCAUUGUGUCAUUUGCGACAACAAAGAACCGGUAAAGACUGACAAGAAGUCGGAAAUGCGCAAAAUAUCUCUUUUAUUGAUGUGUCUUGUGUAGGUGGUUCAUAUGUGGUGUAAUUACAAAAAAAAAAACAAAAAUCGGAACAGACAUACACACACUUCGAGAGUUGUGUGGUGUACGUGGUGUUACGUGCGCAAAGGAAAGCUAGUUAUAGAAUGUAAUGUGUAUCCUUCUCUGCUGCCGUCACUUUACAAUAAUCACAAUUAACGUACGAAAUCAACCAAACCGAACCUUUUUGGGUCUAGAUGGAUGGAGGGGGCGAUGCGUACACGUAAACAACAACACUAAAACAAAAACAAGAAAACAAUGGCACUUAAACCGGUAAGCUCGGUUCCUACUGGUUAUGUCGCGGCCGGUUGAAUGUAUUGCAAGUUGUAGGGCCAAAACUAUUGAUAUCCGGUGUUAGAUUGCAGUGCAGUUACAGUAUCACAAUAUCAUCCAUUUUUCGCGUCCGCUUAGAUACGGACCAGUCUUCCACCAAAGAUCAGUAACAAUUGGAAGUAAACAGAAGAAAAAACGAAGUAUGAUUUGCAGUACUAAAAGUGGGUGGUUUGUGUAUGUUGGAGAAGAAACAUGGAUGUAGCAAGGAAGAGAAUGAAGAGGGAAAGAUGAAGUGUGUACCGUAAACCAAACCUUAGAACAGAGGCUAUCUUUAUUUUUGAAACCUUUACACCUUUAAUGGUUUCUAUUUGUCCAAUAUUUAUUUAUAUUGUUUUUUUUUCAAUUAUUUUUCUAGUUUUUACCACAUUUAUUUAUCUUAUGUUUUCAACUCACUCUCUGCAAUUAACUUGCGUUUAUUUGUUAUUUUCCCCCUUUUUCUUAUUUAUAAUAUUUUUUUUCUUCUUACAAACUUAACCUUUUCCGUUCUUUUUUCCAUUUUGAAUAUCUUUCUAUUGUUUUCCAUCCCUUGUUCACUUUUUAUCUUAUUUAUUUGCAUUUUUUUUUGUUUUCUAAUAAUUUUUUGUUUGAUAUGUAAUAAGACUUGUUUUUCCUGCUUUUGUUAACACGUUAAUGUAAAUAAUGAAUGUGUGUAUGUAUAUGUUUGGUGUAUUGGGGAAACAUUUCUCUGUCACGAUACGAUUUAAAUUAUCCAACCAACACUAUAUUAGGUUUUAUUCUGCGCUCAUUGAAAAUCAAAAAUAACUGUUCGAAAAUGAAAAGGCGAAAGGGUAAAAAAAGCAAAAAUGCGCAACUACGAUAAACAUUUCUAGUGGUCGGUUUGUUCGCCGAUGUAAUCGAUCACUACUGAGCAUCGCCGGUGGUGGAGAGAAAAUAAUAAAUUAACCACGAUGUGUCCUAACUGGCAAAAGCAAAUCACCUCGAAAGGAUUAUGAUGGUGAAACACAAUAACUAGCUUCUAGAAAAACAAGAAAAAAGUGGAAGAAUGCAGCAGAUAAGCUAAGAGAACGUAAUUAACGGUUAAAACACACAUAUAAUUAACUUAUGCGACAAGCUAAACCUACUAACCAAAAAGAAAACAAAUCAACAAGAAGAUCUUGGAAUGGAAGAAUCUAAAACUCGACGUUAAACUAAAAGUGGAACCACGGUGAAAACCCUAACACAACACUGUCUACAAUAAAAUACCCGCAGCGGUGUUGUGGGUAAACCGUGAAGCUGCUAAACAACAAAAA